UCCAGUCGUGGAUCCUAGUCAUAAAUUACCUUUGCACAAAACAUAUGUUUUUGUUUUUAUCUCUAAAUUGUUAUUUUCGUUUUUUUUUGUAAUUGAAUUUGAUUGCUAAUCAAAUAAAAAUAAAACACACAUACAAGAAAAUCUUAAAUGCUUGAUUCUAUGACAUCCUCAUUGCGUAUUUGCCAAGAGGGUCAUGCAAACGCACUGGCUCUCAAUAAAGACUACACUCAAAUUGCUGUUGCAGGUCGAAGCUUACUUAAGGUUUUUUCCAUCGAUAGUGAUGGCUUCACUGAAGUUUGCAAUAUGCGGGGCGGCAAAAACCAAAACCUUAGUUACUCAUCCAAUGACGUUGCCUGGAGUAUUUUGGAUAGCAACAUUCUUGCUACGGCAGCAACUAAUGGAGUUGUAUCUGUUUGGGACUUAUCAAAGUUUGGUAGGCAAAAACAGCUAUUGGUUUACAAUGAGCAUGAGCGAACUGCUCAUACUGUGACCUUUCAUAGCUCCGAGCCUUACUUACUAAUAUCUGGAUCGCAGGAUGGCACUAUCAAGUGCUUCGAUACUAGAUACGAAAAAUCCGUGUUUACUUACUUUAGUAAUUCUGAAAGUGUGCGGGAUGUUAAGUUCAGCCCUCACGCAACCAAUAUUUUCUCAGCGGUAUCUGAAAAUGGUACUGUCCAACUAUGGGAUUUGAGAAAGUCGGAUAAAUGCAUUUUACAAUUCACCGCCCAUAGUGGACCAAUUUAUACCUGCGACUGGCAUCCAACAAAGAAUUGGCUUGCAACGGGAAGUAGAGAUAAACAAAUUAAGGUAUGGAACAUGGAUGGGAAAGCUUCUUUAGAGCACACCAUUCACACCAUAGCUGUAGUUGGUAGGGUAAAGUGGCGACCAGAAAGAACUCAUCAUAUUGCAAGCUGUGCACUUGUAGUCGACUACAGCAUACAUAUCUGGGAUAUUCGGAGACCUUAUAUUCCAUUUGCUUCGUUUAACGAUCACACAAAUGUUACUACCGGAAUUGCGUGGAAAGGAAACGACUCGCAUAUACUUCUCUCCACGAGCAAAGAUUCCACUAUUUAUAAACACGCUUUUAAAGAUGCCGCACGUCCCGCUUUAAAGGCCAAUCCUCAAGGCGCUAGCUUAAAUCAUAAGGAUGAUAUUUUGCAUGCAAUAAAAGUCAAGGUUAACGUAACUCAGCCGACACCAAGUCUUAAAAGCACGAGCCUCUUAAGUAAACAAAAAGCUUCUCUUGGAGUUGAACAUUUCCACAUGGCACAAUCAGUGAUGCACAAAUUUUUAUUAAAACCAUCUUACACAGGUUACAUAGGUGACCAAAAGCACGGCCAACUAAAGGAAUACGAAUGUUUUAUUGGAUGUGCCAAGGAGUUCAUUUUGACGGGGAGAAAAUUUAUAGAUAUAUGUGAUCAUAAUGCGCAUGUCUCCAAAAAGUUUGGGAAACAUAGUGCAACAACAUUUUGGAAAUUUGUUAAAAUGCUUUAUGGAACUUCAGAGUUUAGCAAUCAAAAAAUCGAGCAACGGAAUUCCUUUACCACCCAAAAGAACGUUACAGCAAACCGAAGGAUUGCUCAGACAACUCGACCACUUGAAAUCGAUUGGAAUAAUCGGGCAAAAGAUACACCAAUAGAUGAUGACGAAGAAGAAGAAGAGGACAGUGCAAAAGAUGGUCUUGAUGAUGGCGGUCAAAAUCCUCAGUUCAACUCUGUAAUUUUAUCAGAAAACCAAAUUCUGAAUGAUAUUACGUUCGAAAACUUUGAUAUGCUUCGAAAUGGAUUUCUGUACAUGGGUCCUCCUGAUUUUACAAAAGCCCUUUCGUUACCCGAAACAGCCUUGCAUCAUGAUGUUCAAGCUGCACGACCGCAGCAGGAUAUGAAGUCAGAAAAAAGAGAUACCUCACCACCUCCAGAUAAGCCAAGUCUUUUAAAAUGUUCCACAGUGCACAUCAUACCAAUGUGGGAGCCUCACCAAUUCAUAGCUGAUUCACUUAAAUUACAGAGUGAUGUUGGUGAUGUUCAGACAGCUCUAUGUGUCGUCAUUGCUAUGGGAGAUGCACGCAAAUUUCUUCCUAUUGAAGAAACACUUUUAGAAGAAUGGUUUCAUUCCUAUAUUGAAUUGCUACAUCGUUAUCAAUUAUGGAAUGAAGCUUGUCAGAUAAUUAAUCUCUCUUGGAUUCGAUCAGUAAGAGAACUUAAUCAAAAAUCCACAUCAGUGCACACCAAUUGUGGUGAUUGUGGACGACCAUUAAAUGGGGCUGUUGGUUGGUAUUGUGCCAAAUGCAAGUCUAUGCAGAGUUCUAAGUGUUGCGUUUGUGGUCUUGUUGUGAGAGGGUUAUAUGCUUGGUGUCAAGGAUGUUCGCACGGUGGACAUUUAGAGCAUCUGAAGGAGUACUUUUCUUCUAAAUCUGUCUGCCCAAAAUGUGGACAUUUGUGCGAAUAUAAUUAAAAUUAACUUUUGCAACCAAA